AGACGACCGGGGGGGGGUGGAGAUGUAGAUAUUACACAAAAGUGUUUUUCCUACUUGGUUUCCAAAAGGAGUUUAACAGAAUGGUACGGCCUGGAACAUUACUAAAGAUUGGACUUUACUGAAAAUAGAUUUGUAGUAAAUUGGUUUAGCAAAACUUUAAUGCUUGUUCUCCCCCCCCCCCCCCCCAGCAAAUUGUUCUGGAUAUAUCAAACAGUUCAGUUCUUGUUUUUUAAGAAAAACACUGAUGCAUCAAUGCACAAGCAGCAUGUUGUGUAGUUGUAGCUGGUGGAAAGUUGAGGUGAUGGUGGAAGAAAGAGUUCAAGGUCCUGCUUUGAAGUGCUGGCUGUGCAGUAAAACGUCACCUGAGUGACAUAUCAAAUAUGAUUUUUUAUGAGAUCGUUAAUUCUGAUGUGAAUGUAAAUUAAAGCUUUGGCGCUGAAGCUAAUUUUAACUAUUUCUUUACAGCCUAAGGGACGAAGCCCUCAGAAGGUUUCAAGAUGAAUCUGAUGAGCAGGAGAUGAUUCAUGUCAGAAGAAUGAAAAAUAAUCUGAAUAGUAAAGUUCUGAUGCAUAAAUUUGAGUAAUAAUACAAAAAUUCCAUUAAUGUAGUUACAGCUUUAACAGUUGUUUAAAUGAAACCACAUGAGAAGCUUAGAGGAGAAUAAAGGUCAAAUAUUAUGAUCUUAAAAGUAGUGGGGUGUGUAUAAGGGAGAAUAAUACAGAAAGUUCAGCUUAAAGUAUAAACCUUUUCUGCAGCACAACACAAUCAGUUAUCAGUUACUUGCAGCAUGUGUUAUGUUGUGGGGUUGAAACAAGGACACAAACUGCUGGAAGCAUAACAAGCAUUUUCCACGACUCGUCCAGAUCUGGUGUCUGCGUGUCUGCAGUCUCAGAAACAAAGACAGGUCGCUGCAGAUGUCAGCGAGGCUCAGACCGAGGAAGUCAUAUCACAUGUUGGUUCUUUUGGCCUCGGAUGUGUGUAAUUAAAGUCGUCCCGAGGUCGAAUCCUUGAAGUUUCUCACUGGGACGAGACAAAGCACAGAGAUCGACCCAGACGGGGAAAUUACAGCUCAUGUGAAAACAGCCCAGAAUCUAAAAAGGACGAGAAAGACUGAGAAAAAAUCAACAGAAGACAUAUUCAUCAUAAAUAAUGUGACUUCAAAGAGCUGGUAGCUGUAGUAAUGUGUUGAAUAAGGUCUCUAACUCAUUAUAGCACAACAUUAACGAUGAUUGUGUCAAUAAAAUACUGAAUAAUAACAUGUUUAUUAAAACGCUCAGACACUUUUCAUGAGGAACAUUGUGUCUUAAUCCAGAUUGAACGUUUCACUCACUGUUUGAGGCUUCAUUGGCAAACCAGCCACUUGUUAUGGUAAAAAUAUCUCCCCACAUUCCCAAUUACCGUCCUGCAGAUCUUCAAACGCCCUGGAUCGGUUCCUGAAUGUUUCUCCUUCACGCAGGAAACUCUGCGGCUCGUAAUAAAAGAGAAUGCAGUCGGAUUGAGAUCAGGUCACAUGACGUGGAGCGGUGGUUUCUCUGCCUUGUUGACUUGGGGACGCAGACGUGAGAGAGUGUGGUUCAGGAAAACUGAGACCUCUCCAGGCUGCCAGCUGGAGGAGAGAGAGGAAGAAGUUCUCUGGUCUUAGUUUACUGUUUGAUUCAGCGACGAAGAGGAGGUGAAAGAUGAAGACUCUGCUCGUCCUCGUUCUCUGCUCCCUGGCUCUGGCUGUCCACUGUGUGACCGACGAAAGGGCAAAUCCUGUUGGUGACCACCCUGCUGAGGACGACUUGUUUGUGGAGAAGGAGCAGGCGUCCACCGUGGUGAGACAGAAGAGAGCUGCAGCAGAGUUAACACUCACGCAGCUGGAGAGCCUGAGUGAAGUGUGCGAGACCAACCUGGCCUGUGACGAAAUGAUGGACACCAAUGGAAUCAUCGCCGCCUACACCGCCUACUACGGACCCAUCCCCUAUUAGAACCAUCAGAACCAUCGCUCAUCACAGCCGUCCCUUCUUCUCUUUGCAUUCUCACC